AGCUGUCAGUAAUGAAUGUUCGGGCAGGUUUGGCAAAUACAAAUAUGAAAUUAUCCGUUUUGUUUAUCGUGAUGCAGUUGCUGGUUCUGCUGGCUGCACAGGCGGUUGACCUUUCGCCGCAGCAGCAGGGGGCGCAUGUGGCAGCCAGCUUGAAGGAGCUGCAAGGGGAGCUGGCCCAUCAAUGGAGCAGUCCGUGCAUCCACGACUGCCUCGCGGAGAGGGGCAGCCUGGUGGUGGAUCCGCUGGGUGAAUGUCAGCAGGUCGAGCAGCAGCUCGACUGCACACUGUACUGCAUGUUUGAUGCCAAGUCGCGCUAUUAAGGCAGCAACCGAUAUAGUGCAAAUACGCACAGGCUUGCCGGCCAUUAAACCAAUUAUAGCCAGCCACACACUGCUGACAGCAGGCGCAAAUAUUUGGCAUUUACCCGCACCACUGGUCUGCUGUUUGGCCUGACGAGUUUUUGGCAAAAAGUGCCACAUAUCCAUGGUGCAGGAUCAGAGGCCAUUUAUCAUCGCCACAUGCAGCCACGGCAGCAUGACCUUUGCGACGACAUGUGACUUAAUUAAUCUAACUGGCCAGACUGCGAAGGUCGGGCAUCGCAAUUAAACAUGGCAGCUGAUGAUGAAGGGAGUUCACCUUCGCGACCAGACGCAUAAAUUUCAAUUUGCACCUAUGCAUUUAAAUUGAUGGCGAUGCAAACGAUGCUCCAUCCUGUUCCAUCCUGCAGCGGGACCAGCAUGCUGCAUAUGCGAAAAGUUGUUCGCGCCGCGCUUCAAUGCGCAAUUAGCGGACCAUGGCCCAUAAAUUAUUUGGCCCGCCGCCGGGGGAAAAUGGAAAUGGGAAAUGGAAAAUGGCGGGCGGAAAUGAAUGCCCAGCAGGGCGAAUAAACAGAUGAGCGAGCGAAAUUCGCCCAGCUAGCCAAAAGUCAACGUAGGGCCCAAAGUAUGCACUUCAGGUAGUGGCACAAUGGCAGGCUUCAAAUGCGUAAACGAGAUAACAGACCCACAGAUAUAUUGUUAUCCAUCACGUGACUGCAGCCGGAAUUACGUGCGCAGUCGAUGUUCAAUGCCGAACUUCCGCAGAGCGCAAUCAAAUUAACCUUGGCUCACGCGGCGUAUGCGCAAUAUUUUAGCCAUUUAAGCCCAGCUCUGUGAUAAAUGCGGCUAAGUGGCUUUGUUUGUUCCCAAUGCGAACAAAUUCGAUAUGCGUGCAGCGGCAGGGGGAUUCUCAUGAAUUUUAAACAUUACGCCGCCAAUGCAAAUGCCAAUAAAUCUCGGCUUUUGUCUCGCCCUCAAUGGCAA